AUGGGCUUCGUAGGUGUAUACAAGGCGUUAUAUGAUUAUGCGCCUCAGAGUGAAGGAGAGCUGCCUAUUUCUGAUGGAGACAUACUUUAUAUUUUAGAAAAGAGCGAAGAGGACGACUGGUGGAAAGCAAAAAAAAAGGCUUCCGGCGAAGAUGAAGAUGAACCAGUUGGGCUAAUCCCGAACAAUUAUAUUGAGAAGGCCAUACCUGUUACAAAUGCGAGAGCCCUAUUUGAUUACACAAGACAGACGGAUGAAGAGAUUUCAUUUUUAGAGGAUUCAAUCCUAGAUGUUUAUGAUAUCUCAGAUCAUGACUGGAUCUUAGUUGGACUGGAAGAAGAGUUUGGUUUCGCUCCAGCAAACUAUAUUGAAAUUGAAGGAAUAGAAGAUAUAACUCUACAAAGAUCAACAAUUGAUUCAACUAACAAAUCUUGGCAACCGGAAGAUAAAAUCCGCAAUGUAAAAUCGCCUGCAACUGGAAGAAGCUCAAAAACUGCUGUAGCUGGUAGUAUAAAUGACCAGAAAAUAAUCACUAAAACUGUUCAAACUCAGCACACACCGGAAGUAUCUGAAGAUGAUGAACCUCUUACUCCAUCUCUUCCGAAUAGAUCCCCAUCCUCAUCCACACCUGCUUCUAAUAAUGUACAAGGUAUUUCAAGAUCACCAUCCCUGAUCAGAGAUUCAGAGAUUCCUUCGCCAAAUAAUCAAACCUGUCAAAAAAAUACCAACGGUGAGCCGCCAUACUAUGCUCCUGGUGGGUUUCACAUGUAUAAUAUCAAUGAAAUGAUAUCUGUGAUGGGCAAACGGAAAAAAAUGCCUACGACUUUGGGAAUUAAUAGUGCAAUUGGUGUGAUUCUAAUUGUACCGGAAAAAUCACGAGAUGGUCCAGAGCAGAGAUGGACAGCUGAAAAAAUGACUCACUACUCUAUCGAGGGCAAGCACGUAUUUCUUGAAUUAGUUAGACCAAGUAAAAGUAUUGAUUUUCACGCAGGUGCAAAAGAUACUGCUCAAGAGAUAGUUGCUGCUCUAGGUGAUCUGGCAGGUGCAGUUAGAGCCGAGGGUUUGAGAGAGGUAAUAAUGGCUGGUGCUGGUCAAACUCAAAAGAAAGGACAUGUAUUGUAUGACUUUUUAGCUCAAGGUACCGACGAGGUUACUGUUGCUACCGGAGACGAAGUCAUUAUUAUAGACGACUCGAAAAGCGAAGAAUGGUGGCAAAUACGGCGUCUUAAAACAGGAAAUGAAGGUGUUGUUCCAAGCAGCUAUAUCGAGAUUACCGGAGUCGUCACACAACCAAACACGCCAACUGUGAAUGUAGCCCGAUCUACUGUUGAACAAAAUCGACUUGAAGAAGAACGGCUUGCGAAAGAUUCAAUAAGAGCGGUUAAGGAAUUAAGGAGUACAGAGGUAGGACCUGGUGUGCGAUUGCCCGAAAGGGGUAGUAGUUUAUCUGCAAAAGAAAGUAGUAACAGUCAUGGCAUGCAGAGACAAAAAUAUGAACGUAACGAUACUACUCAGACAAGAGGAUCAAAAUCUAGACCCGACCCGGAUAGAGUGCGGACCUGGAACGACAGAUCCAGAUCUUUCAGUGUCGAAGCUCAAUUCUUGGCAUUGAAAGAUGGCAAAAUAAAUCUUCACAAGAUGAAUGGUGUCAAGAUCGCUGUACCUGUAUCCAAAAUGUCAAUAGAAGAUCUAGAAUACGUCGAGCGCCAAACAGGACUAUCUCUAGACGACGAAAAACCGCUUUCUGGCCUUAAGAAGUCUCGAUCACGCGCAGCUUUAGGUACCAGAGAUCCAAUAGCUGUAACGGCCAAUAGAGAUAACUCAGCAAAAAGAUUACAGUAUGACUGGUUUCAAUUCUUUUUAGCCUGCGAAGUCCCUGUUCAACUAUGCGAAAGAUACUCACAAGCAUUUCAGCGUGAUUCAAUGGAUGAAAGUGUCUUACCUGAUAUUGAUGCCACUGUCUUACGUACUCUUGGAAUACGGGAGGGUGAUAUCAUAAAAAUAAUGAGAUUUCUAGAUAAAAAAUAUUCACGUUCUGCAAAGCGUGGUGUAAGUUUCGGUAGUGAGGAAGUUCAAAUUCCUGACGGCGAGCUGCACGGGGGACUCUUUUCAGGACCGGGAGGCACAUUAAAAAAUAAUACUCGGAAGGGGAGACCAAUACCUGCAACACAGACUAACAAUAAAGUUGAUCCUGGUGCAUUUUCUCAAGAUGCAAAAAUAGAGUUGAUAACGGAAGAUGAUGCUGCAAAAUCUAGUUCUGCAACUGUUCUCACUAAAAAUAGCGGGUUUGAAGAUGAUGCUUGGAAUAUAAAACCACCGACAGCUCAAAAGCCAAUAUCUAGCUCAUCCUCAAGUCUUCAGGCACAAUCUGUUCCGACGAUGUCAAAAAUCACAGAUUCCGUGAGUAAUUUAUCGCUACUCUCCGCUCCUUUGGAACCAAUAAAGCUUUCGUCCAGCCAACUACAGGUCACGCGUAAUUCAAAGCCGCCACCAGUACAAUUAACACCACAGACAAUUUCUCCUUCAUUUAUGCCGGAGAUUGGGUCACAAAAAGCUGGUGUAUCUUAUCAGCAACCUAAUAUACCCAUCUCUCAAUAUAGUAACCAAGUGGCUACAGGACUAGACUAUUCUAAUCAGCUGGUAGCCCCGGCUAUACAGUUUCAAGCUCAGAACCAAAGCUCCCUGAUGCACUCUACCCCAGAUAGACCACUUUCAGCACCGAAUGUAAAUUUACAGAGCCACUUCCCUCAUUCUCCACUACAGCCUCAAGCAACAGGAAUGCAGACAUCAGCUGGAUAUCAACCUCCUAACACAUCGCACUUUCAAAGCCAAAACAAUACUAGAAUACAACAAGGAUGUGCUGGAUUAAACACUCAGCCUACUUUAGGGUCAUUAUCUAUGAUGGCAACCCCUCCAAACUACAGCCAACUUCAUUCCAGUCCUCAAAGUAACUUCCAAUUAUAUCAAGUGCAUGGAAGUAUGCAACAGCCUCUCUCCAAACGAGAUGGAGUUAGCAGAUUUGCGGACCCCAAACAACAAUUCUUGUCUGCCUCCCCACAACAAGCUGGAUUUCAAAGUCCUUUCCCACACCAGCUCUUGCCACAAACAACUGGUAUGAAUUCAUUUCUCCCGACAACCCUUCAGCAUCAAAACUCAUCUACUUCUAUAGCUAUUCAACAGCCAAAUGGGUUUAUUCCUAGUUUUAGCCCUCAUUUAACACCUCAGUUCUCACACAAUGCCAUAACGCCAUUAGUUCCUCAAAAAACUGGACCACCCCCCCCUGUAAGGUUUGGUGUCACGGGAGAUUUAAAGAAACUCACACCACAACCUACUGGACGUAGGGCAAAUUUAUCACAAGCUACUCCUCAGAACCCUUUUGGGUUCUAA